CCCAGCGCAGUCGGGGGGUGGCGCACAGCGCCGUUCCCUAUUAAGGCCCAGCUCGCCGACGCCGCGGCUCUGCUGCCCUCGGGGAUCUGGGGACAUGGCCAGAAAGGCUCUCAAGCUUGCUUCAUGGACCAGCAUGGUUCUUGCUGCCUCUGGCGUCUACCUCUACAGUAACAAGUACUUGGACCCUAAUGACUUUGGCGCUGUCAGGGUGGGCAGAGCAGUUGCUACGACAGCUGUCAUCAGUUAUGACUACCUCACUUCCUUGAGGAGUGUCCCCUACGGCUCAGAGGAGUAUUUGCAGCUUCGAUCGGAGGUGCACCUCCGCUCUGCCAGGCGUCUCUGUGAGCUCUGCUGUGCCAACCGGGGCACCUUCAUCAAGGUGGGCCAGCACCUGGGGGCUCUGGAUUACCUGCUGCCAGAGGAGUAUACCAGCACGCUGAAGGUGCUACACAGCCAGGCCCCGCAGAGCAGCAUGCAAGAGGUCCGCCAGGUCAUCCGUGAGGACCUGGGCAAGGAGAUCCAUGAUUUGUUCAUGAGCUUUGAUGACACCCCUCUGGGAGCGGCCUCUCUGGCCCAGGUCCACAAGGCAGUGCUGCGCGACGGGCGGAUGGUGGCUGUGAAGGUCCAGCACCCAAAGGUGCAGGCUCAGAGCUCAAAGGACAUUCUCCUGAUGGAGGUGCUUGUCCUGGCUGUGAAGCAGCUGUUCCCAGAGUUUGAAUUUAUGUGGCUGGUGGAUGAAGCCAAGAAGAACCUGCCUUUGGAGCUGGAUUUCCUCAAUGAAGGGAGGAAUGCUGAGAAAGUGGCUCAAAUGCUCAAGCACUUUGACUUCUUAAAGAUCCCACGAAUCUACUGGGAGCUGUCCACCAAGCGGGUCCUUCUGAUGGAGUUUGUGGAUGGUGGGCAGGUCAAUGACAGAGACUACAUGGAGAGGAACAAGAUCGACGUCAAUGAGAUCUCACGCCACCUGGGCAAGAUAUACAGUGAGAUGAUCUUUGUCAACGGCUUCGUGCACUGCGACCCCCACCCGGGCAAUGUGCUGGUGCGGAAGCAGCCGGGCACGGGAAAGGCAGAGAUUAUCCUGUUGGACCACGGACUCUACCAGGUGCUCACGGAGAAGUUCCGCCUGGACUACUGCCAACUCUGGCAGUCUCUGAUCCAGGCUGACAUGAAGAGGGUGAAGAAGUACAGCCAGCGCCUGGGGGCCGGGGAGCUCUAUCCCUUGUUUGCCUGCAUGCUGACGGCCCGCUCAUGGGACUCGGUCAACAGGGGCAUCAGCCAAGCUCCGGUCACUGCCACUGAGGACUUGGAGAUCCGCAACAACGCAGCCAACUACCUUCCCCAGAUCAGCCAGCUCCUCAACCAUGUGCCACGGCAGAUGCUGCUUAUCUUCAAGACCAAUGACCUGCUGCGUGGCAUCGAGGUCGCCCUGGGCACUCGUGCCAGUGCCAGCUCCUUCCUCAACAUGUCGCGGUGCUGCAUCCGGGCGCUGGCUGAGCACAGGAAGAGGAAUACCUGUUCUUUCUUCAGAAGGACCCAGAUCUCCUUCUGCGAGGCCUUCCACUUAUGGCAGAUCAGCCUUCACGAACUCAUCCUGCGUGUGCAGGGUCUGAGGCUGGCCAGCUGGUUGUUGGCCCUGCUUUGCUGGCUGUUUCCUACCCCGCACUGAGUGGACUUGCUGUCCCUUGCUCCUUUCUGGUGUCUUUUCACUCCUCAGUGUUUGGCCCUGUUGCUACCCGGUUGCCCUGUUCCUGCCACAUGGUUGUCUGCAGCCCCAAGGCCAUUGUCCGUGGCACCACUAUACUCUGCCUUUGGAAUUCUGUCUCAUACUGUGGCCCUUGUCUCAGGGCCCACAAGCUGCACCAUGGAAUGGCCUUCUCUCCUUCUCCAAGGAGAAGACACAGCAGCCGACUUUCCCACUCCUGGUGUGUGCCAUUGGGUUGAAUGUACCCUCUCUUCUGUGGACCCUAUCUAUUGUCAGGAUGGACCACAUGGGCCACUGAGGGCACAUUUAAGUCAUUGGAAGUUUGAUUUUGUUGGAGGUGAGCAUUGUCUCUGAACUUGUUAGGGGACAGGUUCCCUACCCUUGCCAUACCACUCCCCAGAGGUGUCACACCUGAGCAAGGUGGUUUGGCAUCUGAGGGUAGACUCAGUUUCAGUCAUAAGUUCACUGCUGUCAUGGUGACCCUUUGGUAUUUUAUGUACUGUGUUUCAAU